AUGCCCUGCCCCCGUGCUGUGCUGUGCUGCAGGAUCCCCGACAACCAGACCCAGGGCUUCCUGGGGCGUGUGGUGGACGAGGUGCAGGGCAGCCGCAGCGUGGGCGUGCGCCAGGUGGAGCGCAUGCUGCCUGUGGGCACCAUGCUGACGGCGGUGGGGGAGCUGGCCACCGCGGGCGGCAAGAUGCUGGUGCUGCGUGCGCCUCGCGACGGCGCUUUCUACCUCAGCCGCCAGCCGCUGCCCGAUGUGAUCGCCUCGCUGCAGGCCAGCUCGCUGGCCUGCCAGCAGUGGGCCGCGGCCUUCACGGCGGUGGGGGCCAGCAUGCUGGUGGCCGCCGCCACGCAGCACGCGCUGACCUGGGUGCGCCAGCGCCGGCUGCGGCAGCGGGUGGAGAAGGCGAUGCGCGAGCGAGCGGCGGCGGCCGCAGCGGCCGGCGGUGGCGGGGCGGCGGGCGCGCCGGCAGCCAGCGCGGCCGAGCCGCAGCCGGCGGAUGUUGCGGAGGCGGCUGAGGGCGGUGCCAGGCCAUCCCUGUGCGUGGUGUGCCUGGAGCGGCCCUGCGCGACCGUCUUCCCCGCCUGCGGCCACAUGUGCGCCUGCAGCCGCUGCUCGCACGGCCUGCGGCGAUGCCCCAUCUGCCGCUCCCGGGGCGCCCCCAUCCGCGUGUACACCGCCUAG